CCACGGACGAGACGAAGAUGAACAUGCAGAACAUGAAGUGCGUGGUCGUCGGCGACGGCGCCGUCGGCAAGACGUGCGUGCUCAUCUCGUACACGACCAACGCGUUCCCGGGCGAGUACAUCCCGACGGUCUUCGACAACUACAGCGCCAACGUCAUGGUCGACGCCAAGCCCGUGAACCUCGGGCUCUGGGACACGGCCGGCCAAGAAGACUACGACCGCCUGCGGCCGCUGAGCUACCCGCAGACCGACGUGUUUCUGAUCUGCUUUAGCGUCGUGAGCCCGGCCUCGUUCGAGAACGUCAAGGCGAAAUGGUACCCGGAGAUCCAGCACCACGCGCCUGGCGUGCCGUUCAUUCUCGUUGGCACCAAGCUCGACUUGCGCGAAGACGAAGACACGGUCGAGCGCCUGAAGGAGAAGCGGUCGGCGCCCGUCACACACGAGAUGGGCGAGGCGCUCAAGAACGAGCUCGGCGCGUUCAAGUACCUCGAGUGCUCGGCGCUGACGCAGAAGGGCCUCAAGCAGGUGUUUGACGAGAGCAUCCGCUGCGUCCUCCAGCACCAGAAGAACCCAAAGAAGAAGCGCAGCCACUGCACGAUCCUAUAGACACACUUAAUGCCUUAUCUAUAUACACUACGUCGCUUAUGUACUAC